GAAUUGGUAGAGGGAGAAAGGUGGGUUGGGUGGUUAGUCUAUAAAAGCAAAGCAGGCGGGCCAAGAAAUGGUGGACUCGCCGUUAACGUCGGGAGGAGGUCGGUCGCCGGCUUCUUCAACGUCGUCGCUGAUGGACAACCUUCUUGGCCUGCUUCGAAUCCGCGUCCAACGGGGCGUUAAUCUUGCCGUUCGCGACGUCCGUAGUAGCGAUCCUUACAUCGUCGUCCAUAUGGGCAAACAGAAACUGAAGACUCGCGUAAUAAAGAAGGAUGUUAAUCCGGAGUGGAAUGAAGAUUUAACUCUUUCUAUUACAGACCCUAAUCAUCCAGUCAAGCUGACUGUGUAUGACCAUGACACAUUUAGCAAAGAUGACAAAAUGGGAGAUGCAGAGAUUGAUAUCAAACCAUAUGUAGAGGCCUUAAAGAUAAAUCCUAAAUGCCUCCCAAGUGGCACCGUACUCGCCAGAGUUCAACCAUGCAGACAAAACUGCCUGGCUGAAGAGAGCUGCAUCAGAUAUUCCGAUGGCAAGGUUGUCCAAGAUCUUUGCCUUAGACUAAGGAAUGUGGAAUGUGGUGAAGUGGAGGUCGAACUGCAAUGGAUUGACCUUCCAGGUUCCAAAGGUUUAUGAAGCAAAUGAAGGUUUAUUUUACCUGCUUUGUUAUCCAUAGUGAACAUGGUGGUUUCAGUUGCCCACCACCUUGUGCUGAGAACUUUGUGGUGGGUUUGUUUGUUUAUAGGUUUGCUUUAAGAUUGUCCCUAUUUUCCUAUUGGAUGAGGUUUGUAGCUCAUUAUGUAGGAUUGGAGAUUUUUCUAUGUCGUUGUAAUCAUGAAGGUUUCUGCUAUGUACAACAUAUAUUUCUGUCUAAAAGUACAUCAGCAGAACAAAACAUGGUGAACUGUAUAAAGAAAUAAGUGCAUUUUUCUUUGUAUAAUAUUAUUGAGAA